AUGGCAACAGAAUACGACAACGCUCAGGCGCGUGCUAGCGUCAACGGCGAUCCGAUCGAAAAGGACUACGGCUCCAACACUGGCUACCAGAAUGGAAAAAACGGAGCGGGUGCCAGCCACCUGAACGACACUAAUAUGAGUCAGGGAGACGCACUGCAUAGAAUCGGGACGGCGGGAAGUAUCUCCAUCUCUGCUGAGCUGUUCGAGAAGAUUUAUCUCUCGCCUCAAAAUGCUGUCAAGGGUGAUCUGCGGAAGACAUUUGGCAAUCCAACACCAGUCGCAUUGAUCGGUUUCCUGAUAUGCCUAUCUCCUCUGUCAGCAGCUCUUAUGGGCUGGAGGGGUGCAGGCGGCAGCGGUGCCGCAACAACCGGCGCUUACUACUUCUUUGGGGGUGUCCUCAUGCUCGUCGGCGGGAUCCUAGAAUUCAUUCUCGGCAACACCUUCCCGUUCGUCGUCUUCAUGUCCUUCGGGGCCUUCUGGCUCUCCUUCGCAGCAACGCUGCAACCAUUCUACGGCGCCUAUGCAGCAUUCUCGCCCGAUCCCACCAACCCAGCCGCCGGCCUCCAGACGGUCGGAUUCACCGCGUCCUACGCCUUCCUCCUCGUCUCCAUGGGCGUCCUCUGCUUCAUCUACCUCGUCUGCGCGCUGCGCACCAACUUCAUCUUCGUCGUCAUGUUCUUCACGCUCACAUUGGCAUAUCCACUGCUCGCAGGUACCUACUGGCAACUCGCCAACAGCAUUGCCCAGGCGGAUCCGUCGAAGGCCGCCCUCGCUGGCAGGUUGGAGAUCGCGGCUGGCGCAUGCCUGUUCGUCACUUGUGUGGCGGGUUGGUACCUGCUAUUCGCUAUCAUGCUCGCCACUCUGGACUUCCCCAUCCAGCUUCCAGUCGGCGACCUGUCGACCAUGUUCAAGGGUGCCAGCGAGAAGGCAAAGGCGAGGGAGUCCCAGAUGGCAUAA